AUGUCCGAACAACUAGCCGACGAGCUCGAAGCCAUCAACUCCAUCUACGGCGACGGCACCCUCCUCCCAUCCGACGACUCACAGUCACCAUCCACCUACAUCCUGACCCUUCCCGACGAAGUCACCACAUCAACACUCCGUCUCCAGUUCCCCCCAGCCUACCCCGAUGAACCACCCGUGGUUCUCGGCACCCACUCCUCCGGCGAGCACGCUAAGCGCGGCGCCGCCGCUCGGGAUCUGGCUCUCUUCCGGGACGCAGUCGGCGAGGUUUACGAGCCUGGACAAGUCUGUCUGUUCGACGCCAUUGAGCAAGUGAAGGAGCUUAUAGCCGCAGUUACCACAGCGGAGAAGGAGGAUGACCAUGAGGAAGAGGAAGACAGCGAGAAGAAAAUAUCAUCGUAUGACGCAGAUGCUCCCUCAUCAGAUUCACACACUGGAUCUGGAGGAGACCAACUCGGCCCCGAACCACCCUGGACGCUCUCCCUGCCCCAUAUCGAACUAAAAUCAACCUUCAUCGCCCGCUGCGCGCCCGUUUCGUCUCCGGCACAAGCGGCGCAGUACCUGCAGCACCUGCUGGCGUCGGACAAGCGGGUGCGGGCGGCCACGCAUAACAUCACGGCGUGGCGGAUCCGGGGGCCGAACGGGACUUCGUUCCAGGACUGUGACGACGACGGCGAGACGGCGGCCGGCGGCAGGCUGCUGCAUCUGAUGCAGCUGAUGGACCUGUGGGACACCAUGGUUGUGGUGACGCGGUGGUAUGGCGGCCAGAAGCUGGGGCCGAGGAGGUUUGCGCUGAUCAAUGGCGCAGCAAGGGAUGCGUUUGUUAGGGCGGGGUUGGUGGAGGAGGAGAAUAAGCAGGAGGGGAGGAGAAAGAAGGGUGGGAAAUGA